AUGGAAGUUGAUAUGGGAGGGUCGAUGUCCAUCAUUGGAGAGCAUACAUUGAGAUAUCUGAGUGAAGGAACCCAUCCUUUGAAGCUAGAAGUUUCGGACACAAAACUGAGGACGUACACGGGCAAAGAAAUAAAUGUGAAGGGGAUGACUCAGUGUCAAAAUUUGUUGGAUAACACUCUUGUGAAGUACUUUAAGUUGUCUUACUAUGCUAAAGCUGCUUAUAAAAAUGCAUCAACCUGGUCAGGAAGAGAACUGAAGACCCAUUAUCUGAAAGGAUCCUCAGCUGCAAUCAGAGAAUCACAAGACAAGCGGACAAAUCUGACUCCGCCAUCAGGAAGCAGUUUCUAUACCAGUACCAUCUCAGCAUCAGCAAAGCAAGUUAGUUCAAAGAGCGGAUUAACUGUUUGCGGCUGCACCCGAACGGCAAGCUGCGAGCGGCUCCGCCGUACUAGCAGUGAAAACAUGGACAAUCUUUCUUCGAAUCCAGUACCUCCGAACAUCUCCUGCAAGGACCAAGAUGCGAGUUGUUUGUCUGCAGGUAGCAAUGGGACCAAUUCGACAGGGCCAGGUCCGUACCCUGACUUUUACAUCGCCAUUCCCAUUAUUUACUCUGUCAUAUGUGCUGUGGGGUUAACAGGCAACACAGCCGUGAUCUAUGUCAUACUCAAAGCCCCGAAAAUGAAAACAGUGACAAAUAUGUUCAUACUGAAUCUAGCCAUCGCGGAUGAACUUUUCACGCUGGUUUUGCCCAUAAACAUCGCUGACUACCUUCUGCUCCAGUGGCCCUUUGGCGAGCUAAUGUGUAAAUUGAUCAUUUCCAUUGAUCAAUACAACACCUUCUCCAGCAUUUACUUUUUAACUGUCAUGAGCAUAGAUCGCUACUUGGUGGUCCUUGCAACCGCGAGGUCCAAGAAAAUGUCUUAUCGCACUUACAGAGCCGCUAAGAUAGUCAGUAUUUGCGUUUGGCUCUUCGUCACCAUCCUCAUCUUGCCCUUCACAAUUUUUGGCAAAAUUCACGAUGACGAAGGCAGGCUGCAAUGUGUCUACGUAUUCCCACCUCCUGAGAUUCUGUGGUGGAAAGCUAGUCGGAUCUACACUCUCCUAAUGGGAUUCACCAUCCCAGUGUCCACAAUUUGUAUCCUGUACACAAUGAUGCUACUCAGGUUGAGAAACAUGCGCUUGAACACCAACGCCAAGGCCCUGGACAAAGCGAAGAAGAAGGUGACAUUAAUGGUGAUGGUUAUCCUGGCAGUCUGCCUUUUCUGCUGGACACCCUACCACUUGAGCACGAUAGUGGCAUUAACAACAGAUAUUCAACAGACCACACUUAUUAUUGGAAUCUCCUACUUUAUCACCAGCCUAAGCUAUGCUAAUAGUUGUCUUAAUCCUUUCCUUUAUGCCUUUCUAGAUGAUAGUUUCAGAAGAAGCUUUCGGAAAUUGUUAGAAUGCAGAACAGCACCCUAA